AUGGGUACCGGUAAGAAAGAAGCGGCCAGAAAGGUCAAGCAAGGCAAAGUAGGAGAUGGCAUGUCCAAUGUUAAGACCAAGGGCGAGAACUUUUAUCGCACUGCGAAACAGGCCAAGACCUUGAAUAUGUUUAAUGAGGGCAAAGCUCGACACAACGCUGCAGGAAAGAUCACUCAAUCUGCAACCUUCCAAAGUAGAGAAACCAAGCCAGCACGAAUUGAGCCCAAUAGAAAAUGGUUUACAAACUCGAGAGUCAUCGGCCAAGAGGCCUUGAGCUCUUUCCGAGACGCAAUGGCUGAACGAGCGAGUGAUCCUUACUCGGUGCUGCUGAAAACUAACAAAUUGCCAAUGUCACUGAUCCGUGAUGGGCAAGGGAAAAAUGGAUUGAAGCAACAUCAAGCCAAAAUGGCAGUCGAGGCGUCUCCAUUCAGUGAUACCUUUGGUCCAAGAGCACAACGGAAGAGAGUAAAGCUUGGUGUCAGUUCAUUGGAAGAUCUUGCCGAUGACAGCGUCAAGAGCCACGACACAUAUCUGGAUCGUCUCGAACAAGCAAAGCUUUUGAGUGGAACUUCAAAUGAUCCCGUGGCCGUCGGAGAAGCUGCUGCAAUUGACGAUGGACAACUCACCAGUGCCCGCGAAGCAAUCUUCAGCAAAGGUCAAAGCAAACGUAUAUGGAAUGAGCUUUACAAAGUUAUUGAUUCUUCAGAUGUGGUCAUACAUGUUUUAGAUGCCAGAGAUCCUUUGGGAACUCGUUGUCGGACAGUUGAAAAAUACAUCAAGGAUGAAGCACCACAUAAGCAUCUGAUAUUCGUACUUAACAAGUGCGAUUUGGUGCCUACCGGGGUUGCUGCUGCUUGGGUACGAUCGCUCUCCAAAGACUACCCCACACUUGCCUUCCACGCAUCAAUAACAAAUUCUUUCGGAAAAGGAUCCCUUAUACAACUCCUCCGCCAAUUCUCCUCUCUACAUGCCGAUCGCAAACAGGUUUCAGUUGGCUUCAUCGGUUAUCCAAACACUGGCAAAUCAUCAAUCAUUAACACAUUACGAAAAAAGAAAGUCUGCACAGUAGCUCCAAUACCGGGUGAAACAAAAGUUUGGCAAUACAUUACACUCAUGAAACGUAUUUAUCUCAUUGAUUGCCCUGGAGUAGUUCCUCCCAGUACUACUGACACACCCCAAGACAUUCUACUACGAGGUGUAGUCAGAGUGGAGAAUGUUGAACACCCAGAACAAUACAUUCCUGCAGUUCUGAGUAAAACUAAACCCCAACACAUUGAAAGAACAUAUGCUCUCAAGGGAUACAAAAACCACAUUGAGUUCUUAGAGCUUCUCGCACGAAAGGGAGGAAGAUUGUUACAUGGAGGCGAGCCUGAUGUUGAUGGUGUAGCCAAGAUGGUCCUCAAUGACUUCUUAAGAGGCAAGAUUCCUUGGUUCACUCCUCCCCCCAAAUUAGAAGGUCCACAAGAAACCGGAGUUGAAGGUCGAGAGGGUAGAUUGGGCGAGAUGCCAAGGAAGAGAAAGCAUGAUGAUGGUGUUGAAUCAGUAGCUGACACAUCCAUUGGAGAUAUCGCCUCAUUGGCCGUGGCUGAUGAUGAAGAUGAUGAUUCAUUUGAUGGUUUUGGCAGUGACAAUGAAGAUGGUGGUGUCGAGCUUGAUGAUGUCGCUGAUCCCGCAACUAUUGAUAAAGCGUUUGGAAUAGAAUCUGACGAAGAAAGUGAGGUCGACAAUGCUGAUGAACCUACCCAGGAGGAAGAUGACGCCGCAGCUGUCAAUGAGCAACUUCAGAAACAACUUCAAAAAGACUCCAAUACUUCGAGACGGAAACAGCAACCAAAGAAGAGAGGUCAGAAAACUUAA